AUGCUCACAUCCGUUCAAUCCUAUUCUCCCCAUUUAGCAUCUCAACUCGACACACAGGACAGGAAGACCACAACAAUGAAUAACAAUUCGGAUCCCAACACAGAGCAAGAUUCGUUGUUAAAUCAACGACAACAUCAAUCAUUUGUCUCAAAACAAAAAGACAGAAAUUCUUCAUCUAAGAAUUUUCAUUCACAACAGCAAUUAGAAGAACCGUCUUUAGGAAAAUCAACUCUAACCACUGUUCAAGAUCUUGUUUCUCAACAUCAGAACAACAAUCAGUCUCAACCGUUCAAUUCGUUGGAAGAAUCCACCACACAAACAACAGCGGAACCUGUCGAACCCUUCUUAUUUAACAAAACUCUCCAUCAGCAAGAAGAAGCAACCUCCGAAUUCGAGUUACAGCAAAUUAAAGAUCGUUUACAUCAAGUUAUGAACAUGUCUUCCAAAGUACUACAGAGAUCCAUGUUAGGAGAUCCAUUAUUGGAGAAGGAAAAUGAAUUCCUUAAACAACUCGGAGGUGAAGAAGAUGAUCUUGACGAUGAGGAAGAUGAACAAGUUGAAGAAUAUCAUUCGGAUGGUGAUAUUGAAGAAGAAACAGAACUUGAUGAAUCAUCAAAGAAGAAACGAACUAAGGCAAUAAUGAAUCCCAUGUACGACGAAGACAAUUCAUCCAUGAAUGGAGAAACGAAAGGCGAAUUUGAUGAAAACCAGAGAAGGAAUUCCAAUCAUCACUUGGAUAAACCCAGAAUCUCUUCCUCCUUUCAACGAAAAUCCCAUCAUUAUUUGGAUUCAGGUCAUGAUGAAUUUCGUUCUUCCUCCACUCAACCCUCUUCGUUUCUUAGAAAUUCAACGUCCAUGAUACGAUCAACCCCUCCUUCUCGGGAUCAAAUGGAUUUAGAGGAGGAAGAGGAAGAAGAUCAGGAAUCUACAAACCAGAGUCCAAAAUCAACCCUCAGCCAUCACACCAAAAGUCAUUUCGUAACCAAAGAGGACACGGAGCCAAAACAUUACUAUCGUCUAGCAACCAUGUCCACUGGAAUGGUCUUCAUGAUUAAUAGUUUCAUGCUGUAUUUUGGAGGGCAAGGCAAGAUUCAAGUUGGCGAAUUGUAUGGCUUCAACAAUGACAGUCCUCACUUGCAGAGAACGGUGGCCAUUUUGUUUUUUGUGAUGGGCGUCAUUAAUUUGGCUCCAAAUUUAUUUGGAGGCGAAGAUGGUUUCUCUUUGAGGAAUGCUGCAGAAUAUUUCCCGUUCUUAAUUGCAGUGUUGAAUGUGGUGGUUGCGACACAUUAUGUGGCUGAGAAUUUUAGACAUCAGGGAGAGACGAUGAAUUUGAAUUGGGUCUCACUAUGUGGUCUGGUGUUGUUCAUUGUGUUGAAUAUUAAAUUGGCCACAUUGUCACACCCUGGUGCAAAAGUGAAGGUGAAAAGGUCUGAAUAUCAGCAAAUGAAGUUCCUGUCCAAUAAAAAUCAGUAG